AUGGGUCGAUGGGCGGGACGAGUGCGCAGGUGGCAUCACGUGAUAGUCAUACUCGCGUGGCUUCUGGCGAUCUCGGCGCUCCCGGUGAGUGGCCAGAGCAACGACAGCAACGCGACCCCGCCGGCGUCUCCCAAUCCGCCGCCCCAGCCGUCCCCUCCGCCCCCUGGGUGGGGCUAUGAGCCCUCGGUUCCCCAGUACCGGGUGUCCAGAGGAGUCGCAUAUCCCGCCGUUCCCAUGAGGCUUCGCCGCGAGACGUCGGUGAUGCUCCAGGUGCAGCUGGAAGGACCGGGCAUCGUGCGCUACAUCGCCACCCCCGAGGGAUACAGCGUCGAGGUAAACGCGACCACCGGCGAACGGAACUUCUCGCCCUCCGUGGCGGAGGUUCGCGACGGCUCGUGGGGCACCGGCGUCCUCGCCGCGGGGAUCAUCAACGUCACCGUCGCCAACACCACCUUCACCGCCAACGUCACCAACCUCACGAAGAUUGGGAGGAACGAUCUGUGGGUCGCGACGUCGGCGCCCGAUGACCUCGCCACCGCGGGCGCGGUGGCGAUGCUCGACGCCACGACGCGCGACGCCACCCCGCCCGCCUUCGUCCCGUGGUACAACGCGUCGACCCCGAUCACGUACCUCGCGCCGGACGGGGUGGACGUGGCCGUGGCUUUGGACGAACCGGGUUGGGCGUACGUGCACGUGUUGGCUCCGGAGAGGCAGGUUCCGUCGGGGGAGCAGGUGAAGGAACGCGCGCUGGCGAACUACACGUGGAGUAAGUGGACGGAAGUGACCGAGGUGGGGAAAUUGUACGGGUCCGCGGUGUUCGGGCUGCAGAGCGCCACGCGAUACGCCGUUUACCUGACCGUCGAGGACUUGUGGGAGCCGGAGCGGAACAUUUUGGAGCCGGCGAUGCGGUGGGAGUUUUACACCUUCGACGACGUGCCGCCGCGCGGGGCCAUCUCGCUCGGCACGGUGACCAACGAGGGAUUUACAAUUAUGGGCGAGUCGAACAAGAACGGGACCGUGAGGUUCGUGGUGGUGCCGUCGGCGAACGAGAAGAAGCCGACGUUUUGGGACGUCAUGUUCGGGGUUGGGUACGGCCAGAAGCAGCCGACGUCUACGCUGGCGGAGAACACGACCGAGUCAUAUGAGCGCUGGUUCUAUGGCAAAUACGACGACGACCCGCGCAUGACGUUCGGGCCGGUCUCGGCGAAGGGCGUCUUCAACGUCUCGGGCGUCGGGGCAAACGCGUUGGGCGCGGCUUCCGCCGCCGUCGCCGUCGGCGUCGCGAGCGGGUCCGCCGUCGUUGAGGGGUUAUCGUCGGAGACUGCGUACGACGUCUACGCGGUGGUUUCGGACGCGGCGGAAAACCCGGCGACGGGACAGACGAUAAACCACAACGUCACGGUCCUCACGAUACUCAACGUCGUCACCCUGGACGAUACGCCGCCCGCGCUGAUUGGAGAGAAUACCACGGGCGGAACCGUGGCCAACGUCAAGCCGGCGAGCUUCGACUUGGUGACCCGGCUGAACGAGCCCGGUCGGGUGUGGUACGUGGUGACACCGCACGUCGCACCGGCCGUCGCGGUCUACUGGAACGACACGUGCUUCGACAGAUACUCGCACGCGUACUUCAAGCCCGUGUCGGGCUUACUAGACCCCCGCGAGCACGAGUACGUGUGUCCCUCGGAGGACGCGGUGGACUCGGGUUUGGGGGAUAGGGUACGGUGGAUCGGUGCGCCCACCGUGGAGGAGGUGAUGAUGGGCGUCGGCCCCAACCGAACGCAGGCUGCGGCGUGCGGUUACGUGGACGUGCCGACGGCAAACGUGGAGGUGACGAAGACAAUCGCGAGCGUCUUCGACCCGAGCGCUGAGGUGGAUCGGUGCGCGAACUGGACAGCCGCGUACGAUGAGAACGUCACCGGCGGCGUGUACACCGCCAUGGACGAUCGAGCCGCGAGCGAUGCCGAGAACGACGGGAGGCGGGGCGUCGGCGACAUGUGGGUAUACGGUUGGUACCACGGUGAAUAUCUCACCGAGAAAUACGCAAUCGGUAACUGGAGCAAGUGGGUGGCGAACGCGAGCGAUCUUCCGGCGUAUCCCGAGCACCCGACGUGUCGAACGUGCCCGCGUCUCUCGCCCGAGGGUGCGUACGACGUGUGGAUCGUCGCCGAGGAUGACGGGAACGACCCGGCGUACAACUUGAGCGCGGCGGGCAACGGGACGAUUACCGAUUCUGUCGCGACGUCCAGGAAUCGUCAGGCGCACGCGACGAAGGUGAUGGUGAUCAACCCCACCGACUGGCACGGCCCGACGGUCGUCAUGGCGGACAACACCACGGCGACGUUCGUGCCGGGGUACCCGAAGCUGACCUCCCUCAACGGCACGGCGAUGAAGCUGGAGGUUGCGCUGAACGAGUCCGGGGCGUUUGUGUUCUCGCUGAGGCCCGGGACGAACGAUUCCGCGGCGCUGAAUCGAUCCCAGAUCGAAUCCGCCGCGGGCUGGAACGUGUCUUACCAGGCCCUCAUGUUGAAGCCGUGGAUGGAGGAGAAGACUAUGACGUUUGACAACUAUAACUACCUUCAUAACUGGUUCCUCAAGGACCCCCCGGAAGAGGCGAAGAAAUACCCGGACCUCCAACUUGGAGCCAACGCGGGCGUCAUAUGGGCCAAAAACGCGACGGUUCCGGUGAUCCACGUCAUCACGGACGUGCCGAGACCCUCGUCGUGGAUCGGGGAGGACCGCCAGGGCCCGACACUCGCGAUUGAUUAUUUCGUCGUUGAUGAGGAGCCCACCCGGGGAAGUUCGCUGACCCAACCCAACUGGGAUGGAUCCACGCACCACUUGGCGGUGAGGAUGAAGGAUGUCCUCGCACCGCUGUGGACCGCCGGGCCGUUCGUCUCGGGCGUCGCCGUCCCCGCAUCGAGCGUUGACGACCUGUUCCUUCCCGCGGGGUCAAAGGUGGGCUCGCAAUACGCGCGACUGGUCGUCAACGCCACCGUGGACGAGGGAGGCACCGUGUACUUUGUGGUGUGCGCUGUGCCAGCCACCGGCGGGGACGAACCCACGCCGACCGUGGAGCAGGUCAUCAACGCGACGGUCUGCGACGACGGUUCGUAUCCCAAGAUCGCGGCCGCCUCCUUCGUGGCGGCGAGCAACGUCGCGACGGAAUGGCAAUCGCUCGGGUACCCCCUCGUGCAGGGAUCAAAAUACGUCGCGUAUCUCGUCGCAGCGGACGACACCACAACCGGCGCGGGAUAUAACGCGCAGGAUAACGUCACGGUGGUCAGGUUCACCGCCGAGGACAUGCGUCCGCCCGUCUUUUCCGAUUUCGUGGGCGGCGCACCCGCGGUUGUCAACGGAACGUCCGGCGGGUCGCUGACGCUGACCCUCGCGCUGGCGUCGCCGGGCAGAGCGCGCUGGGUCGUCGUGGACGGAGGCUCGCCCGCGACGGAGCCCACACGAGCGGAGGUGGUCGCGGGGACGGGCGCGGGGGGUUCGACGCCUCUCGCGCGCGGCACCGUCGUGGUUUCAAACGAGAGUUACGUCGAUUCGGUUGUGACGACGGUGAUCGACGUUACCUCUGCGGGCCUCGGGGCUGUAUCGUCCGCGGCGGCGGGGUACUCGGUGUUCGUCGCGACCGUCCCUGGGGACGACGAUUCUUAUUCCGGGAACGGUGAUCGACACGAAGACGUCCCGUCGACAAACGCGGCGAAGGUUGCGCCCGGCCUGGUCGUCGACCCGGAUGCGACGAUGUCUGCGGCGGAUGCGCUCGACGCCGGCGCCCUGUGCGUCGGUAUCGAGGCGCUCGGGGAGACCUCCGUGACGCUCCGAUUUGCCGUGACUGGAGCGCCCGCGACGGUGGCGUACGUGAUCCUGCGUCACGCCCUGCCCGCGCCCACCCCGGCGCAGGUCCUCGCGGGAACAGACUCGAAAGGACGCGCGCCGUUAGCGGCUGGAGGGUCGGAUUUUGCGUACACGGGGAGUGCCUCAGUCGCCGGCGCCGCUAACCUGACGACCGCGUUCAACGCGACGGCUGUCGGCGCGGGCGUCACGAACCUCACGCGUGGAACCAGGUACGACAUCUACGCCGUCGCCGCCCUCACGCCCGUCGACGCACGGAACGGCCCGGACGGCGCGGCUUCGCCGUACGCAUCCGCAUCCGUUCCCCCCCGGCUGGUCAAGCGGGUGAUCCGGACGCUCGAUGAAACGGCGCCGUUCUUCCUCCCGGGUUUCCCCCGCGUCGGCGCGGUGGCGCCUCGCGGCGUCACCGUCGCCGUGCGCGUGGACGAAGCCGCGGCGGUGUGGGUGGUGGCGCUGCCAACCGGGGCGCCGGUUCCCUCCGCCGCGGACGUAGCCGCCGCCGCCGUUCAUCUCGCGGGCGCAAACUCGACGCCAGCCGUCGCCGCCGCCAACGCCACGUCCACGUCGGCGGGGGUCGCCUCCAUGGCCCUCGCGGGCGCGGUGGGCGAUACCGACACGAUGGGUACUGGUCUGGAUGCCGACCUGGGCUGGGAGCCGAUGAUGCUGUCGCUGAGCGGCCUGUCUCCGUCGAAGAGGUACGACGUGUACGUGACGGCUCGAGAUUUUCACCGCGACGAUCUUCCCGUCGGCUUUCCCGCCAAGCUCGGGACGCUCCAAGGCAGGGCCACCAAGCUGCUCGCGUCCACCCCGGACGAGACCGCGUCGCUCGUGUCCCUCGUGCCGAGCGCGGGAUCGCUCUCGCCGCCGUUCUCGUCGGAGCUGUCCUCGUACAGGUUGCUGGUUCCCGGAGACGCCACCGCCGCGGCGACGGUGAGCUUCACGGCGACGAGCGCGGAUCUCCGAUGGAAGGUCCUCGCCGACGGCGCCGAGCUGAAGCCCGGGGCGAGCACGCCGACGUUCAUCGUCGGGGAGGUGGCACGGACGGUCGUGUUCGAGGUCGAGGGCGUCUCGGCGCCGUCGAGCUAUUCGGUGCUCCUGGUUCGAGCCGACGCGGCCGUCGCCGCCGCCGCCGCGGAUGACACCCUCGCGUUCCUCGCCGUCGAGCUGGACACCGGCGAAAGGCUCAACUCGACGAGCAUGGGGGGCGCGCCGUGGCCCAAGUGCGCGAUGCGGUGCCGGCCCCCGGGCUCCCCCGACGGAUGCCUCGCGGAUCGACGCGGUUGCGCCCUGGAUCCGCACCGGCGCUUAUAUCGCGUCGUGGCUCCAGUCGCGGCGAAGCGGGCCACGGUGACGGCGGUCACCUCCCGGCCCGGGGCGUCGGUUCGCGUCUUCCUGGGCCCGCCCGCGGCCUACGCGGGUGCCCCGGCGCUCAAUUCGUCCUCUGCGGAUGAGGAAACGUGGGGGCUCGCCGGGUCUGUCCCAACUCCGAUGUCCACCGUCGUGGACCUGGCGAGGGUGGAGGUGCUCUCGCCGAUGCCCGAGGUUGCGGCGAUUUACCUGGGCGUCACGUCCGCGGACGGAACCCGGCUCACGUAUUACACGAUUCAGCUCAGGCGGAAGGGACCGGGCGCGUAUGAGGGAAUAGAGAACAGGCCGAGGAACGCGCAGGAUGAUCCACCGCCGAGGGAAUAUGACCACUUCUCCCACCCGGAGACAGUAUCGCCGGUGGAUCGUGUCGCCACGGAUAACCCACUCACGUUCUAUCCGGAUGAGUUAUAG